AUGUCUUCAGUCAAAAACAAGCAAGCGAUGACGCCUGACCAGGGCAGUUCGGUACCAAACGACCUUGACAUCAUGGAAACGGAAACGGAGCAGGAGUCUCAUGGAUUCUCUUUGGCCGAACAGAAGAGAAUCAUGAGGCGGGUUGAUAUUCGCCUUGUCGCGACUGUUGGUCUGCUGUACUGCUUCUCUGUUAUUGACCGGUCGAACCUUCCAUCUGCCGCUGUUGCCGGUAUGAGAGAAGAUUUAGACCUGACUGGCAACCGAUACUCUGUGGUGAGCUUGGUAUUCUUCACGACCUAUAUCACUUUCCAGCCAGUCUCUGUCAUUCUUGCCCGAACUUUGGGUCCGCGGGCUUACUUCACAGCUAUCACAAUGAUUUGUGGAGGCAUCGUAAUUGGAAUGGGAUUUCUGAGGCACUGGGGCCAGCUUGUAGCUCUGAGAGUGAUCCUUGGUGCGCUUGACUCUGGAUUUUUCCCUAGCUGUGUUUACCUUUUGAGCACUUGGUAUACUCGUUACGAAGUUGGGAAACGGUAUUCGGUAUUCUACAUGAUUGUCUGCUUUGCUUCUGCAUUUGCGGGCAUCUUGGCUUUCGGACUCACUCAACUUGAUGGGACCGCAAACCUCAAAGGCUGGUCGUGGAUCUUCAUCAUGGAAGGUAUCAUCACCUGCGCUAUCGGCAUUGUUGGUUAUUUUCUCCUCGUCGGAUUCCCCGAUGCUCAGAAAAGAACUUGGAGGUUUCUCUCCCCGAAAGAAAUUGCUUGGGUGAUUUCCAGAGUUCAGGCCGAUAGGGGAGAUGCAGAAUUGCCGCCAUUCAGCGUCGGGAAGUUCCUCAGGGGUGGGGCUGACAUCAAAGUAUGGGCUUUGUCCAUCAUUUACUUCAACAAUGCUCUUGUCAUAUUCUCUCUGUCUUUCUUCCUGCCAAUCAUCCUUAAAGACAAUAUGGGCUUCGACACGGGAAAGGCUCAGAUCUUGACGGCGCCACCGUACGUGUUUGCCGCCAUCAUCACUUACACUACAGGCUGGCUAGGAGAUCGAUACAUGCUUCGAGGUCCCAUAAUUGUUGGCGACAUGGUCUUAUCGAUUGUCGGGACCUGCCUCAUGGGUUUCCAUAGUGAUGUUGCCGUUCGAUACUUGGGCGUUUUUCUCCUCGUAGCAGGGAGCGUCAGCGCCGUACCGGCGACGAUGGCGUACCAGGCGAACAACAUCCGAGGACAGUGGAAGCGCGCCUUUUGCAGUGCCAUGGUAGUUGGCGUCAGCGGAAUUGGUGGUAUCGCCGGCUCCCUUGUUUUCAGAAGCCAAGAUAAGCCUCACUACUUACCUGGGCUGAGCACUUGUUUGGGAUGCGCGGCUCUGAAUGUCAUAGUUGUAAUUGCCUUGAGCUUCUACUUUCGCUAUUGGAACGCGAAGGCCGAGCGAGGUGAGGUUGAGCUUGAAGCGUCGGAUGAAACCCAGGCAUCGGACUUCCGCUACACCUACUAA